ACAGGGGAACCAAGUGACUAUCCACCCAAUACUGUCUACAGGAACCAAGAUCUGGCACCUUAGGGAGGAAAGUCAGUUCUACCCUAAGGCGAACUUCCAAUCGGCAGUAGGUGUGAUACCUAACAAAUCUACUGUGAUGUUUUGUUUGGGAGAGAUUGACUGCCGCGAGGCUGUAACACACUGUGUGGAGCAGGCCCGAUACGAUAACUUAGAGGAGGCUAUCAAUGCUGUCAUAGACAUCUACCUGGACAAGCUGUUGACCCUGAGGAAGGAGAGGGACUGGGAUGUCCAUGUACAUCCAGUGAUGCCCAUCCUAGAGCCUACCAGACAAGUAGUGAUGCAGUUUAACAAACAGCUGGCUACAAGAGUAAAGAAAAACAAGCGACUGCACUGGCUAGACUUUGUGGAAGAUCUUCUGGUGGAUGGUGGACUGCGGCCAGAGUAUGAGUUUGAUGGCACACAUUGCCAUCCAGCCUAUAUAUCACUACUAGAAAAAGCACUUGCUGAGAACGUGUCGGAAGCAGCUCAGAGCUGAUACAGAGAAGUUGUCAGAGGCAUCGCAGAAGUUAAAUAGACCGAUAGCCUGGAAACAUGUCGGAGGCAUCACAGAGACUUUCUAGGCAGUGUGUAAACUAACUUAUCUUACUAAGAUAUCUUUGACAGAUUGUUAUACAUGAAUUUGUAUGUUACCAAAAAAAAGUAAUAUAGAAUAAAUAUGCCGUCCAAACAAAACCUGUCUUGGAUUUACACUGUUAAUGAAACUGACAAUGCCAUGUAUGAAAAUAAGUUUUAAAUUUCAUUAUUAUUAAUAAUUAAAGCUGUUAAAA